AUGCAUCCCCCAUCAAACGCCGUCCUCCACCACAUGCACAAACUCUCCGAAGCAGCAAGGACGAGGAGAGCACGCACAGUCAACAGACAAGACACGAGGCCGCCACCGCCACCAUACACACCACGAGAGAAAGAGGACGGCCCCAUCGAUGUAGGUUAUAAUGACGACAUCGACAUUGACGAGGAGGACUACGACGAUGAGUUCGACGAGUACAACGAAGAGGAGAGCAGUAACACCUGUUUCUGCGGGAAAACUACCCCCAACAGCAGCAGGGUAACCCUCCACAUCGACGCAUCGAUCAAUAUAUCCGGAGACAGAAACACGAUCAUUCUACCCUGCAGACCCAGCUUGGCCCCGUCUACUACUCCUCCUACAACGACAAAGUCAUCAUCAUCAUCAUCAUCAUCAUCAUCAGCUACACCACCCACCCUAGACACCCUCCACUCUCUCCAGCGCCAGCAACAACCAAAACUAGCAUCUCUAGCAACAGAGAUCAUCUCCGCAGCUCUACAAGACCGAAGAAGGAUAUACAUCCCUUCCAGUGGAAGAGGACAGCCAUCUCCGGUACCGCUACCACCAGCACCACCCGUGGACGUCAAGAUCGAUGUAGGGGUGAAGGUGAAGGGGGUUGGUAAUGUUAUGUGUUUGGGUGCGAAGGCUGGUGGACCUGUUAGGAAACGGAGGCAGGAGAUGGCAUCUAGUGGGGAGGUGAUGGGGGAAAGGAAGAGACGGGCGCUGUCUGAGCCGUGUGAUAUGUCUAGGACGAAGAGGAUGUAG